AUGAAAACGACAACAACGCCACCACCAAUACCACCAACGCCAACCAACGCCACCGAUGCCACCAACGCCAACACCACCAAUGCCAAGAUUCUUAGUGAAGUCGACAGGAGACUUCUCAACAUUCUUUGCCCUGCCUUCUCCAACAAGGAUUUGGUCGAACCCAGCAAGGAGGGAACAGACCAAGAGCCCGACAAGCCCGAAAGUCUCGAGGAACUCAGCGACAGUAUCGGCAAGAAAAACCACCAGACAUGGGAGGCAUAA